AUGGAACUUCUUCCAACAGAUAACUACAAAGUUGUAAUUCGUGCUGACCGCCGUCCACCUGGUGAACAUGAACGCCGGUACAAUGCUCCUACUGCAGAUGAAGUGGCGAUUGUCAUUGCUGGAAAUGAGUUUGAGAGCCGAGACAUUGUAUUAAGGAAACGUGAUGGCAAUCUUCUCCGAGUGUCUGAAACUCACCGCUUCUACGAUGCACUACAAUACCCACUAAUUUUCUCAAAAGGACAAGAGGGGUAUCAUUUUGGUAUCCCCAUGAUGGAUCCAAAUACUAAUCACCCUACAAACAAGAAGGUUUCGUCAAUGGAUUUCUAUGCGUACAUGUUAAUGGUACGCGAAGACGAUUUUAAUACUAUCUUGAGGUAUAGACAGCUCCUAAACCAGUUCAUAGUUGACAUGUACGCCAAAAUAGAAACUGAACGCCUACUGUACAUUAAGCUCAAUCAAAAAAAACUUAGGGCUGAGAGCUACGUGCAUUUGAGAGAUGCUUUGAACAAUGAUGCGACACUGAGUGCUAAUGAUAUUGGCCAAUCUGUUAUCCUUCCUUCAAGUUUUGUAGGAUCUCCGAGGUAUUUAAGUGAAAGGGCACAAGACGCUUUGACCUAUGUUAAAAACUACGGUCGCCCGGACUUAUUUAUAACUUUAACAUGCAAUCCAAAAUGGCCCGAAAUAUUGGAAUCCUUGCUUCCAGGGCAGAAAGCAACAGACAGACAUGACAUUGUUUCACGUGUGUUUCAUCAAAAAAUAAAGAUUUUUGUCGCAGUGAUCAACAAAGGGGAAGUUUUUGGCUCUGUCAGAUGCUUUAUCUACACUGUAGAGUGGCAGAAACGUGGAUUACCUCACAUCCAUUACCUCCUUUGGUUAUGUGAAAAAAUCCGUCCUAAUCAGAUUGACAGUGUCAUUAGUUCUGAAAUUCCAGAACGUACCUCUGAUCCGGUUCUUCAUGAGUAUGUACUGAAACAUAUGGUACACGGACCUUGUGGUGCUUACAACCAACGGUCUCCAUGCAUGAAAGACGGCAAAUGUACGAAACACUACCCAAGGCCCCUGAUUGAAAACACCCAAACAAAUGAUGAUGGUUAUCCUAUGUACCGUAGACGGAGUCCACAUGAUGGUGGAUUCACGGGUCAUAUUAAUAUGAAAGCUGCUGGAAAUGUUGCUGUGGAGAUAGACAACCGCUGGAUUGUCCCAUAUUGCCCAACUUUGAUUAAGAUCUUCAAUGCGCACAUCAAUGUAGAAUACUGCAGCUCAGUUAAGGCCAUAAAGUACGUUUGUAAAUACAUACACAAGGGAAGUGACCAAGCUGCAUUCAAUUUGGUGAAAGGCGCACAAUUAGACAAUCUAAAGGAUGAAGUGACUAUUUAUCAAACCGGACGUUACUUAAGUAGUAAUGAGGCUGCUUGGCGCAUAUUUGGAUUCCCAGUGCAUGAGAGGAAACCAACUGUGACUCAUCUAUCAGUACACCUAGAAAAUGGUCAGCGGCAACUAAGGACAGUAAAUAACCAAAUUUGUGGCACAUACAGAGAAGCCUGUCAGGCCCUUGGUCUGCUUGAGAAUGACAACCAUUGGGAGUCAACGAUGGAAGAAGCUGUUCUGACUCGCUCAGCUUCUCGUGUACGCCAUCUAUUUGCAAUAUUGAUAAGUACGUGUGAGUUGUCAAGCCCUAUAACUUUGUGGGAAUCAUUCAGAAAUGAUUUGUCUGAUGAUAUCUUACAUCGACACAGGGAAGUCGUCCCUGACCUUCAGUACAAUGACAUAGUUUACAAUGAGGCCCUAACGAAUAUCCAAGAACUGGUGAAGUCUAUGAGUGGGAAAGAUUUAAGUUCGUUUGGCUUACCCGCUCCAAACUUAUUGAAUGGAAUAAACCCUGAACUUCUAAAAGAAAUGGCAUAUAACAUCGACGAUAUGCAGCUCCAAGUACAAGAGAUGUUACCAAAACUUCUACCCGAGCAACAAGUGGUUUAUGAUACAAUUUUAGAGAGGAUUGAGAGUAGAAAAGGAGGAAUUAUCUUCCUAGACGCUCCAGGUGGAACAGGUAAAACUUUUCUUAUAACUCUCAUAUUGGCUAAGCUGAGAAAAGAAAAUCACAUUGCUCUUGCGAUUGCAUCCUCUGGCAUUGCUUCAACACUUCUACCUGGUGGAAGAACUGCACAUUCUGCAUUGAAACUACCACUUAACCUAGCAACUGCUGAAACCACACAAUGCAAUAUCAGCAAAACCUCUGAUCGAGCUGAAGUCCUCCGACGUUGUACAUUACUGGUGUGGGAUGAAUGUACAAUGUCUCACAAACGAGCAUUUGAAGCAUUGAAUGCAACACUUCAAGACAUCAGAAAUAGUCAAGAUUUAAUGGGGGGCUUAGUUGUUUUGUUGUCAGGGGACUUUAGACAAACCCUACCAGUUAUCCAACGUGGAACUCCAGCAGAUGAAAUCAAUUCCUGUUUGAAAAAGUCUGUCCUAUGGAGUCAUAUUGAGCAGUAUCACUUGGUUCAAAAUAUGAGGGUAAGUCUCCAUAACGACUGUGAUGCCAGACAAUUUUUAGGUGAUUUGCUCAAGAUUGGUGAAGGUAGAAUGAAAACUGACCAACAUAAGAUGAUUUCCUUCCCAGAAAACUUUGGUCACAUGGUUGCUUCUGCGGAAGAGCUUAUAGCAAGUGUGUUUCCUGACUUACAAAACAACCACUAUGAUCCUGAAUGGUUAUCCUGCAGAGCAAUUUUAGCCCCCAAAAAUGACGAUGUGAACAAAAUAAACAGCAAAAUUAUGAACAUUAUUCAUGGUGAAGUUAAAUCUUAUUUGUCCAUUGAUUCAAUUACAGAAGAGGAGCAAGCACUACACUACCCUGUUGAGUUUCUUAACACCUUGGAACUGCCUGGUAUUCCCCCGCACAAGCUUGAAUUGCAAUUAGGAAUCCCAGAGGUACCUCCUACCUUUACCUUUACUCCAUACAUCUUGGACCCAAACCACCACCUGCCAGCACUAGGAAAAAAGGGGGGCGCUGCUCUUGGGUUUGCCCAGGGCUCCACUGACCCUUAA